AUGGGACAUGAGGAGCAAGGACGGACUUGGUGCAUGGACGCAGCUCAACUGGACACGCAAAGGAAGAAGGAGGAAGCCACCUUGAAGACCAGUGAUGUGCGGGAUCAGGUCUUCCCCUUUCCUAUCCCUGAUUCUGCAAGUGCACAGGUCAGAAGUAGUAAACGGGUAUCGAACACAAGGACCAGAUUGCACACUACAAGUUAUGAGUUUGAGAACAAGCUAGGGCAAAAGUAUAAGUUGGUUGAGUGCAGAGAAAGUAAAGCAUGCAAGUAA